AAAAGAAGUUGUAUUACGACUAAAAAAAAGGUUCAGCUCAAUAACUGCAUUUAGUAUUUUGCAGGACAGUGUUGUCCUUGUUGUCAGCUGUUUCGACGCGAAUGUCACAUUGGAUGAAAACACUUAAAAAUACUGCGCGGUGAAAAUGCAUUAUAAAAUGUAAACAAAAAUUACUGCAGCUUUUUAAAAACAUUGCACUGCAAUCUGUAUAUUUAAAAGUGUGUUUUUCUUGAACUCUAAGUGAAUGUGAAACGAAAGCAAAGCGGAACAGAAUACAGAAGUGAUGAAAUGAUGAAAUUGUAUCUUACAACAAUAAUACUUUUAUGCUGUGAGCAAUUUGCCAAAACCAUCACUGCCCAAGGAAUGCCAAUAAGUCCGUGUCCCAAAAUGUUUCAAUAUCGCUUCGAUGGUGUCGAAUGGUUUGGUUUAAUUGCGGUACGAAAUCCCGAGGUACACGGCCUCCAACUCCGCGUAAUCCUUUCGAUGCGCGGCAAGCCAACAACUAACUAUCUUGGCGAAAUUGAGCUACUUACUCGUGGUCAAUUUACAAGUAAUGCGCCUGUUCUAUAUAAAAUUCGCUUUCCCAAACAUCAUUUUCCUCCCAAACUUGUUCUUAUCUCAACAAAUAAUCGCGUUAUUUGUUUUGGUUCUGCCGAUCAUAGCAUCUUUAUGACACAAAUUCAACUGGAGCAUACGCGAAAACUUUCAUUCAUACCCGAUAAGAAAACGUCAAGCCUGAUUGUUCCUUCUGGGGGAAAUUUGGAAUCCGAAAUGGCAGUUGGUAAGGAGAUGCCAGCGAAUCAUGAGUUUGGCUCUAAACAACUGCCUCACAUCCAGUUUAAGAAAAAACCAUUUCAUUCGCCUGUUGAAAUUUGCGGCAAGAUUGAUAGAAGUCUUGACUUUCGAUUACCCAAAAGUGAUUUGAAUGAUGAGUCCAGAUUCACCAGCUCAGACACCAGCGUCGGUGACACUAAUCGAUCGCAGUCACAGUCUCCCAUUUUCGUUUCGCCCGGCGAUUAUGACUAUGAUGGUGAGAACGUUUUGGAUGAGGUCGAAGUGGAUGCGGAUGACUCGGUAAUAUUCAUUGAUGAUCCACCCACGACGACAACUAGUAAAACUCUGCCAUCGCUGACACGUGGAGCUUGGCCAUGGUUAGCGGCAAUUUAUGUGAACAAUAUCACAUCAUUGGACUUUCAAUGCUGUGGCACGCUUGUUUCGUCACGCGUUGUCAUCAGUUCGGCGCAUUGCUUUCAAAUGUUCAAGCAUCGUUUGACGGCAAAUGAGGUGCUUGUCUUUCUGGGUAGACAUAAUCUCAAAAACUGGAACGAAGAGGGCUCUUUGGCAGCGCCCGUCGACAGCAUCUACAUACACUCCGACUACAAUCAACAGAUCAGUGACUACGACGCGGAUAUCGCUGUCCUCGUACUUAAGGAUGAAGUGCGAUUCAACACUUUCAUACAACCAGUCUGCCUUUGGUCGGGUUCCAGCAAGACGGAAUACAUUGUGGGCGAGCAUGGCAUUGUGAUUGGCUGGAGUUUUGAUAGAAGUGCAGCAAAUACAACGAAACACAAUUCCGAAUUAACCGAUACGUCAAACAACGAAGCGGAUGCUAACAACAGCAAACCAAAGGUGCUCAAAGCACCAAUCGUUUCCAAUGAGGUCUGCGUCAAGGCAAACGCUGACUUCAAAAGCCUGCUGUCCAGCCGAACAUUCUGCGCCGGCGUCAUGGUGGACACGAGCACUCAGAGGCAAGGUGGACGUGCCAUACACUCGGGUAUUUCGGGAGCUGGAUUAAUGAUCAUGAAGAACAAUCGCUGGAUGCUUCGUGGCACUGUUUCAGCUGCAUUGCCUUCGGGUCGCAAGAGAUCACCAUCCGGCAACAAUGACGCUGAACAUUGUUGUGGUGAUCAAUAUCUAAUUUACGCAGACGUUGCAAAGUUCAUCGAUUGGAUAAUGGCCUUUAUUAUAUAGUCUGAAGUUAUUGAAUUGAAUUUUGAAUUUGCGAAUACUACGUAUUUAUUAUGUAUGUGCUGUGAUAACUCUAAUUGAAUAUGUAACUGCAAGUUGUCAACGUGCUGGAAUUAUUCUAAGCUAUUCUACCUAAGAUUACCUAAAAUGGCGGAUUUAUGUGUAUAUUUUUAUUGCAGUGCCUACCAUAAAACUAACGCUUAACUUAUUUUAAAUUGCUUUUAUGACAGGCCCAAUACAGUCGA